AUGAAUGGAAGGGCAGGUGGGAUGAACUUGCAGCGCAUGGCAGGGGGCCCCCCAGGGUCCGGCAUGGCCAGUGGCCCCCACAUCCUGCCUCUCCACACCCAUUCGAGGACCCCUGACCCCUCAGCCUGCAGCAGCUCCCCCAGCCCAGCUCUGGAAAGCCUUGCUAACAGCCUUCAUCUCAAGAUGUCCUCAGGAGGACGGUUGGCUCCACAGGGCAGCAUGGCUGAGAGCCCCAUUCACCUGCCUGCCCUGAGCCCUCAGAGGCAAGUGCUGACCAACGGCAAACCCCGCUUCCAGACCACCCCGGCUGGGGGCCUGGCGGGGCCACAGUCCUUAAAGGCAAAGCAGCAGGAGUUCGGGAGGCCUUUUCCUCCACAGCAUGGAAGAGGGGCUCUUGGCUUUGGGUCCCAGUGCAAGUCCAUUGGAAAAAGCAGCUGCAGCAACCUAGUGGUCACCAGCAGCCCCAUCAUGGUCCAGCGACUGGGACCCAUUUCACCUCCAGCGAGCCAGGCCUCUCCAGUGUGCAGCCCGCUCAGUGCUAGCUUACAGAGGGCAGUGACUGCCGCCAGCCUGAAUUUACCUCCUUCAGAUACCAGGUCCCUUAUUUCACGGGAGUCUCUGGAGUCAACGACUUUGAGCCUGACCGAAGGCAAGUCAGCGUUGAGCGUUAAACAGGAGUGGUCACACGGCUACAGGACUCUGCCUUCGCUGCCCUCGAACUCUGGCUCCCAGAACAGCAGUGAGCUCGGGGACAUCCUGAACCUCCCUCCGGGAUCCGCCUUGUCCAGUGGCAGCGUCUCUAACUCCUUACCGCCCUACCUUUUUGGCAUGGAGAGCAGCCACUCUCCCUACCCCAGCCCCAGGCACUCCGCCAGGUCCCACUCCGCCCGCUCCAAGAAGCGGGCCCUGUCGCUGUCCCCACUCUCAGACGGCAUGGGCAUCGACUUCAACACUAUCAUCCGCACCUCGCCCACCUCCCUGGUCGCCUACAUCAACAGCUCCAGGGCUUCCCCGGCCAACAUGUCCCCGCAGCCUGAGGUCUACGGCCACUUCCUGGGUGUGCGUGGUAGCUGCAUCCCCCAGCCCUGCUCUGUUCCUGGCAGCCAGAAGGGUCUGCUGGUGGCCAGCGGUGGGCUGGCCGUCCCAGUCUACCAGGAGGACGGUGUGGCCGAGUAUGAGCGCAUGCAGCAGCUGGAGCACGGUGGCCUCCAGCCCGACCUGGUGGGCAACAUGGUGGUGCAGCAUGGCCAGUCCAGCAGCCUGCUGAAGGCUGAGUGCCUGGACGACUUCCCUGGGGGCGGCCUGGACCUGCCUUCUGCACCCCCUCUUACUCCCUUGCCACCCCCACCCCAAGGCCCGCCACCGCCCUACCAUGCCCACUCGCAUCUUCACCACCAGGAGCUGGUCCCCCAUGCCCAGCCGCUGUCCCUGGCCCAGGCGGCCCUGGAGGAGGAUGGGGACAUGGAUGACCUCGGGGCCAAGCACUGCUGUCACUGGAUAGACUGCAGCGCCCUGUACGACCAGCAGGAGGAGCUGGUGCGGCACAUCGAGAAGGUCCACAUCGACCAGCGCAAAGGAGAAGACUUCACCUGCUUCUGGGCAGGUUGUCCGCGCAGGUACAAGCCCUUCAACGCCCGCUACAAGCUGCUCAUCCACAUGCGAGUCCACUCCGGGGAGAAGCCCAACAAGUGCACGUUUGAAGGUUGCAAGAAGGCCUUUUCACGGCUGGAGAAUCUCAAGAUUCACUUGCGGAGCCACACGGGCGAGAAGCCGUACCUCUGCCAGCACCCAGGCUGCCAGAAGGCCUUCAGCAACUCCAGCGACCGUGCCAAGCACCAGCGGACACACCUGGACACUAAACCUUACGCCUGUCAGAUCCCAGGAUGCACCAAACGCUACACAGACCCGAGUUCCCUCAGAAAGCAUGUGAAGGCACAUUCUUCCAAAGAUCAGCAAGCGAGGAAAAAGCUGCGAUCCAGCACCGAGCUCCACCCGGACCUGCUCUCUGACUGCCUCACGGUGCAGCCCCUGCAGGCCGCGGCUUCCCCGCACGACGCUGCUGCUGAUGGGACCGUGGGCUGCUCCCCAAGAUCCAGGCCUGACCUCUAUCCAGCUCCUCUCUUCGCCAACAAUCACUCGAGUCGAAGUGGAACAGCUGCUGGGUCCAGGCCGCCCCCACACGCUGUCAGUCACCCUUCUCCGGGACAUAAUGUGCAGGGGAGCCCCCACCACCCUCCCUCCCAGUUACCUCCACUCACAGCUGCGGACUCGGGCGCAGAGAGGUUUGUGCCUUCAGCUCCGUCUCCACACCACAUCAGUCCCCGCAGGGUAGCAGCCCCCUCCUCCUUGCUGCAGAGAACCCAGCCUCCCCACGCCCAGCAGCCGGCAGGGGCUCACCUCAAGUCCUACCCCCCAGAAGCAAGCGCCUCUUUCCAACCAAACGGCAUCCAUGUACAUGGGUUCUACGGGCAGCUUCAGACCUUCUGCCCACCGCACUACCCUGACUCCCAGCGAGCCGUGCCACCCGGCAGCUCCUGCAGUGGGGUGCCGCCCUUCGAGGACUGUCUGGUCCCCACGUCUGUGGGCCAGGCCAGUUUGGACGUUUUCCAAAGAGCCUUCUCGACUCACUCGGGCAUUACAGUGUAUGACCUGCCUUCAGCUUCCUCCAGCCUCUUCGCAGAGUCCCUCCGCAGCGUGCCUGAUGACAGCACCUUCCUGCAGGUCAGCGCCUUGGACCGCUGCCCUAGCCAGCUCUCCUCUGUCUACACUGAAGGCUAA